AUGCUGCUCGAGGGAAUAUGGAAGGGAAACAAGCUUGUGGAGAUCAUCCGCAAGAUCGAAGGAACUAUUAUGACGGAGUUCAAGCGAAACGGUGACAAUACCAUCGCUUCGAAUCGAAUUCCCCUGUUUGUGGGUGAAUUCGUGUAUGAUGAAUCGAAAGAAUCGUUUCUUCGAAAUGGUCGAGGAUACUGGAUCGAUGAAGAAACUCGGAUUGCUACUCGCGAAGUGGAAUGGAAAGAUGGAGUGGAAGUGAGUGGAAGAGAUCUCUAUGAUGGAUGGUACACUCGAUCCACAACUCCAAAACCCAAACCCAAACCCAAACCCAAACCCAAACCCAAACCCAAACCCAAACCCGCUCCGAUGUCUGCUCCUGCUCCUGCUCCUGCUCCUGCUCCUGCUCCAAAACGCGAAGAACCUGCUCCUCUUCGAUUCAGCGUCACUGGAUCUACAAAAUGGACCGAUGUGAGUUUGCAAGUGACCGAUUUGAAGAUUUCAUCGAAUUGCUGUAACGAUUUGAAUGCAUUGGAUCUGAAUCGAUUCGAGUGGCUACGAUCUAUCGAAAUCGGCGAUGAAUGUUUUGGAUCAGUGCAAACAUUCCAAAUCGAUGGAUUGAAUCGAUUGAAAACGAUCAAAAUCGGAAUCAAGUCAUUCACUCAGAAUGAAUACUGGUAUGGAAACAACAAAUCGAAAUCAUUCCACAUAUUGAAUUGUGAAUCAUUGGAAUCCAUUCAAAUUGGUGAAUACAGUUUCGUUGAUUUUGGAGGCGACUUUGAAUUGAAGAAUCUACCACAACUACAAUCUAUUCAAAUUGGUACAAUUGAAAGUGGUUCACGCAAUUUUCAAGAUAGUUCCUUUGUGAUUCGAGGUAUUGAUAUGAUAUUGAAUAUUUGA